AUGGACCCGAAAAAUAAGCCGCAGCAGCCUGGUGAAUCGCUCUCGGAGCGCGAUAAGCGCAUCCUAAAAACAUACGGAAAGCUACCGCGCCUCGGCUCACUUGGACAGCAGAAGCGAGUCUACUUCGACUCGGGCGACUUCGCUCUCUCCGCAGCGCAUAAGGAAGCCGGCGACGGCGCCAUCCAAACAGGCACCGUGCACCCUGUCCGCGAGAGCAUUCCACAUCCACACGUUCCCAUUCCGCAUGAGAUUGAUAAAAGCCCGAGUGCUGAGAUUGCGAAGAGCCCGCUCUCCAACGAUUGGACUGAGUAUAUGCCGCCGAUCGAUUGA